AUGUUGCUUGCCAGCUGUUUUAUGGCGGUGCCCCUUAUCGUUCAGCCGUUGCCUAUAUAUCCUGAAACCUCUUCCGUUGCUGUCAAUGGCACCUCUCUCAAACCGCGACUAAUUCGACAAUUCAGAAUCAAUGACUGUAAUCUAGAGCACACUGACGCGAUCAAUACCGCAAUAGCAGAAAUUCCGCAAGUUCUUGCGCGAACUAUAGUAAGACUCGAGGACCUUAUCUUUCAACUUGAGUCUCCACGCUUCGACAUUUCCGAAGAUCUUGAUGAUACUGAUUAUUCUACACUUGAUACCUUUGGUGUUCUUUACGUCAGAUUGCUCUUAACUGACAGGAAAGUUGGGUCAACAAAGCGUGAGGAAGAGCCAACCGCUGUUGACAUCUUGAAUGAUUAUCUAGAUUUUGCCAGCCUCAUGUACAAUGCAGUGGUAAACAUAGCCACCCAAAAUCUAGAUGUUACUUGCAACAAUGAUUGGGCAAAUGAGAAAAAUGACGAUGAUGAGGACUACGGGAAUGCAACUGGCAAUGAUGGAACUGAUUACUAUUAUGACAAAUCUGAUAAUAACUUUGGAUGGAUUCAAAUCAAAGAAGUUUGUCAGAAACAUCCCACCCUUGAAGGAUUCACCUUUAGCAUUUCUUCCAACUUAAUGGUCAAGAACCAAAAUACCCUCGCCAGUAUCAUCGCUAUAUGCCCUCUGGCGACUAGUCGUGCCCGAUUUAAGACUACACUUGCCUCUAUUAAAGACAAAACUCUUACCAAAUCAGAUUCUCUCGAAGGUCUUACCUCACAAACAGCAACAUUUUUACUUCUUCACGAGUUUUCGCAUGCCUUGUCCCUAGUUGGUGGUUAUAAAAAAGGUGAUAAUGCAUACUCGUGGAGUAAGUGUCUAGAGUUAGCCGAUCAAGGCCCAGUGGAAGCGGCAAUUUGGAACGCUGACAGCUUUGCUUUUUUUGCUACUGCCAUGUUUCUAGACACCUACACGUGGUAUACCGGGCAAGCAUUGCCAAAAUAUGAUCAUACGGAAUUAGAGCAGCGUAGAUUCUAA